AUAAAACCACCCUUAGUAACGAGCAAAGAAAGGAGAUCAUUGCAUUUAAAGAAAAACAUCCUAACACCAGCCAUGUUGAACUCGUCGAUUGGGUAAAAAAAAAAUUUGGCCUUGAAGUUCAUCAAAGCACUAUUGGUCGCUUAUUAAAGAAUAAGGAUAAUAUUGAAAGUAACUCAUCUGCAAAAAGACAAAAAAUGGUCCAAUAUCCUGACCUUGAAAAUGCAUUGCUAGAAUGGAUUUUGCAAAACCAAGAUAGAGUCAUAUUAAGUGAUGCGAUUGUAGUUGAAAAAGCGAAAGUUUUUGCUAAUAUGUUAAAUAUACCUGAUGGUGAUCUUAAAUUCUCUCCUGGCUGGCUAUUUAAGUUUAAAAAAAGACACGGCUUGAGAAAAAUAACAAAGCAUGGUGAAGCUGCUUCCGUAGAUGAUGAUGUUGUCGCAGCCACCAUUCCUAAGCUAAGAAAAACUUUAAAAGGAUAUGACUUGAGAGAUAUCUAUAACAUGGACGAGACAGGAUUAUUCUAUUAUCUCGAACCAGAUACCACACUUGCGACUGUUCGUCUUAAAGGUAAGAAAAAGGAUAAGGAUGAUUGA